AAACGACAAAGCGAUCUUGCUAACCCUGCAGGCCUGGUACAUUUCAAAACCGGUACGAAGGUCGAAAGUAGGGCGAGAGAGAAGAUACUUGCUAGCGCAGAUUCAUGACUGAUUUGCUUCUGUAGACAGACUCUCACCUCGAAGAGCGCUUUCGGGGGGAGUAGGGCAAACAUUGCGGUGUGCCGUGUCUUGAAGUGUUUAGUUGUUUUUAGGCGGAUCAGAAGCAGCUAGCAUGGCUCUGGUAGGACUGAGAGCCUCCUAUCACAGGCUGCUGAACAAGGUCGAGCAUUUCCUGCCUGCCAAACUUAGACCUGUGUACAACCACCCUGCAGGUCCCAAGACGGUUUUCUUCUGGGCACCAAUGUUUAAAUGGGGCCUGGUGAUGGCUGGUUUAGCAGACAUGACCAGACCAGCUGAAAAACUCAGCACAUCGCAGUCUGCAGUACUGACAGCUACAGGUCUUAUCUGGUCUAGGUACUCACUGGUUAUUAUACCAAAGAACUGGAAUCUAUUUGCUGUCAAUUUCUUUGUUGGAGGAGCAGGUGGAUCUCAGCUCUUCCGGAUAUGGAAGUAUAAUCAAGAACAGAAAGCGAAGAUAACUACUGCAGAGGUGUAACGCUACUGAUACGCCAGUGCCAUCUGAUGGACUAAAAGGGAAUUCAGGCAAAGUUUGAUAGAAAACUACAGCCACUUUUUUUAGUGUUACAUUUUAAUCUAGUGUAGUCUAAUCCGUUACAUUGAAAAUCCCUAAUGUUCUUAUGAACACAUGUCAUUAACGCACAAUGAAUACAAUAUUGAUACAGAUAAGCAGUUUUCUGUAUAGUAGUAGGUUAUUUCUGGGAAACGGUUGCUUUUCCUAAUACUAAAACUUCUAAGGACAUUUCAAUUAAUGUAAAUCAAGGAAUAGCUCAAAUGAAUUGGAAUUCUUAAGAAAUAUUUAUGUAGCUUUUGUUCACCAUAAAAACAUUUGUUUUAUUUUGUUAUUCAUGUAAGAAAUAGCAAUUGUCAGUAAUCCAUGCAUUUUAUCAUCCUUUAUGGGUAAAACUGUCAAAUUGAGUUGAAUUGUAAGCUCAAAAAAAAAAAAAAACCCACCCUACAUUAAAGUGAGCAUAUUCCUAAA